CUCUAUUCAACCGAAAAGAAUAUCAAAUUUACAAAAUUAUAAACUAAAAUCUUAAUUACAAAAUCCAUACCAUAAGCCCAAACAAUAGCCCAAAUAGCAUACAUAAACCAAUAUUCCUCAAACCCUAAAUUAAUAUGGUGUUUAGCGGGUUCCUUCUUCCUCCCACCCGCUCGCUGCCUCGCCUUCCUCACCCGCCAGCUGCCAUGCCUGCUCAACCGGCGAUUGCCUCAUUUCAUCCCUCUAAUCGGCGGAACGGCUGAACACCAGCUUCCCGCCGCCGCCGGACACCUCCUCUUGACCGCCGACCCACCAAACAUCAGUCUCCCCGCCGCCGCAAGGCACAAUACCGCAGUCGUGCCUCUCGGCCUCCAAAUGAACCAAAUCCAUCUAUCUCUCUCGCUCAUUGUCUCUCUCUCCCUCGCCGCCCCGCCUUCCUCACCCCCCGCGUUGCACAGUCGCAUCGCCGGCGAGCGAUGCCGACUCUUCUCUCUAUCUCUUUCCUCUCUUCUUCCUCUCUCAUCUCUCUCUCUUUCUUACGCCACAACCGCUGCUGCCAUCCACUUCCACGCCGGCGAUGAUACAAUCACUCUCCGGGCGGUAAAGAUUGGAUCUUUGGAUGAAUCUGGAGAUGGACGAAGCGGCGGUUGGAAAUGCCAUGAUAGGGAGAUGGAGGUGGUGGGUCUGCACAGAUGCAAUCGUCGCCGUCGGACUUCUCUCUCUCCUUCCUUACUAUUCUUUUUCUUCUUCUCACCUCUCUCUCGUUGACAGCAAGCACAAGUAAUAAUGUUUUAUUAUCUGUAAUUUCCUUGAGAAGCUUUCUGUACAUUGUACCAUUAUUUGUCAAAUCAAUUUUGCAGUUUCGAGAAGAGUAUCAAUUUUGUAAAAGAAAAAAAAAAUUACACAUGCAACUUGCAUUUUCCUUCCAAAAAAGGGCAUGAUGAAUAGUAGCAAUUCAAUAAGUCGACUUCAAGCUCAUAUAUUCUGCAAAUUUUUCAACUGUUAAACCUAUGAAUGCUGCAAAACCCCCAAAUUCUUAACGAUGGCUUUGCUUCUCGGAAUUCGAAGGCCAUUGUCCUUUGCAGCUCAACGACUCCAUCACCGAUGCUUCUCCACCUCACUCCCCAAUUUUAAGGAGGAGCAGAAAAUGAGCUGUAUGGAAACAGGGGGCAAUUCUAGUUUUAUUCAUCCAUCUGCCGUUGUUCAUCCGGAUGCCAUAUUAGGUCAGGGUGUUUCUGUUGGUCCGUUUUGCACAGCUGGACCUUCUGCAAAGUUAGGGAAUGGUUGUCAGUUAUACCCGGGGAGUCAUGUCUGUGGACAUACAACGAUAGGGGAUGAUUGCACUUUGAUGAUGGGCGCUGUAGUUGGUGAUGAUCUUCCUGGUAGUACUGUUAUUGGAAAUAACAAUUUAAUCGGGCAUCAUGCGGUUGUGGGCAUUAAAUGUCAAGAUUUGAAAUAUAAGCCAGGGAACGAAUGUUUCCUUGAGAUUGGGGACAACAAUGAGAUCAGAGAAUAUGUAUCUAUUCAUAGAUCCUCACAUUCCAAUGAAAAAACAAUCAUCGGUGCUAAUAAUCUCAUAAUGGGAUCUUGUCACAUUGCACAUGACUGCAAAAUGGGUAACCAUAACAUUUUUGCAAAUAACACUCUCUUGGCAGGCCAUGUAAAUGUGGAGAAUUAUACUCACACCGCAGGGGCCACGGUUAUACAUCAGUUUUGUCAUAUUGGUUCUUUUUCUUUCAUUGGUGGCGGGUCAGUGGUUUCUCAAGAUGUACCCAAAUACACAAUGGUCUCUGGUGAACGAGCUGAGCUACGCGGAUUAAAUCUUGAAGGCCUAAGGCGCCGUGGGUUUUCAGUUGGGGAGAUAAAGAGCCUGAGAGCAGCUUAUCGAAAAAUAUUUAUGCCUAGCGAAGGAAGUUGUCAUAGCAUUGAAGACCGGCUGACCGAACUGGAGAAGGAUGACGAAUUGGGUCAAGUAGCAGCCGUCUGUUUGAUGGUUGAAUCCAUUCGGGAUUCUUUUGCUGAGGAUCGCCGCGGUAUUUGCAAGUUUAGGUCACGGAUUGGAUCUUAAUGUUGAAUGCUAGGUAAUUUCUUGUCAUCUGCUUAUCACAGAUAUCAACCUUGCCAUAAAAAAAUAUCUGGUUUUUGGCAGAUAUCAUCAAAAUUUUGAUAUGGGAAAAUCCUGAGACUCUUCUUUGUAUAACAUUGUGUAUCAUAAGUCAAAAGACAUUUCAAGAUUUUAGCACUAGUUUGAGCAUGUAAAUUUGACAUCCACCAAUUUGAAUCCAUGAUUGAUCCCAUCUACUUAUUUUCAUUACACUCUAGUUACAAUCUCAAAAUCCAAGAUAUUAUUUUUUGAAGGGACCAUUUAAUUCUAAAGGUGUGGUUUUGGCAUUAAUUUCUAGAAUAGGCGGUGGUGCAAAUCAUUUGUGGCGAUACGCAUCAUAUAUGUAUAGUGGGGGGAAAUCUACUCACAUAUUGCAUGUCCCUUUUAAUAUCCCACUAUAUAUAGUGCUUUCCUAAAUCAAUUGCCUACCGCCAUAAGUCAUAUGAAUUAUAUGAACUUCCUCCUCUAACUGAAUCAUCAUAAAAACCAAUCAGCUCAAAAUGCGUACAACAAUUCUCCAUGUCACAAUAUGCCUACUUCUCUUAGCUUCGAUCAAUUGUAUGGCACAUAGGUUUGGUGGUGAAGGUGGACGACGAAGGAUGAUGGCCUCAUCGGAGCCUAGUGGCUCUUCGGAGACUCCCACCGGAGGUAGCGGGGAAGCCCACGCCCCGAGCUGGGACUAUAGCUGGGGGUGGGGCUCAACCCCGACAUCUGGGUGGGGCUACGGAUCGGGCUCGGGCAAGUCUCCUAACGGGUUUGCGAGGGGGUCCGGUUUCGGGUUUGGGUCGGGGUCCGGCUCGGGCUCUGGGUAUGGUUAUGGUUCAGGCAGCGGUGGCGCUCACGGAGGCGGUCACGGGAGUGGCAACGGGAACGAAGGUGGCGACGACGACGCAGGCUACAAGCGUGGUUGAAUAUGGAAUUGUAUAAGCAAAGUGUGUUAUGUAGUGUGACAAGUAGAGCAUACGUGAUGCUUUUAUAGGACUUCUUCUGCCCUACUAUACUACGUGUGUAGUCUGUGUAUGAAAAUGCUGCUUCUGUGUUAUUAUAAUAAAAUAAUAAUAUAUGAAAAGGCAAAAUAGUUGGUAAAA